CUAAACAUCGUAGUGAGUAGAGUCUCUGGACAGGUUUUGAAGGUAGCUUGUGCGGUUCAAAAGUCCAAAAGAUGGUUCUUCCUCGUCUACAGGAUGCACCCUAUCGAUCUUAAUUGGGAAGUAGUCGAUUCUUUGGGUGAUGAGGCGUUGAUCUUAGACAUGGGCAUCACAGUUAUAGCCAAAGACAUUCCAGGGAUCAAGAGCAACUCAAUCUAUUUCAGUGGUCUCGAUUAUGGCAGAAACAAUCCAGACCAUAUAUUUGUCUUCGAUCUCAACACCCACAAGAUUGAAACUUUGCCACUAUGUGUUUUCUCCUCCAUUCCUUUCUCCGAUGCUAGAUGGUUCUUCCCCGGUUUUAGCAGUUAG